UGGACAGUUGCAAGCAUUCUUGGGGAACUGUAGAUGACUACUACAGUUUUCACCAGUGUUUGGGCAGCAUCCUUGCUGUGGAGUGUGAUGUAGUUUUGUAACACAGCAGUAAUUGAUAAUCUAUGACGAGUAGUACAAAUGUAUUUCCAGAGGAAUAUCGUUUAAAACAGAUUUAAACAUAUUGGUCGAACAAAAUCAGAUAUUUUCAAUGUGAGGGUUAUUGUGAAAUAAAAGAGUGGUUAUAUUAUUGUAAGGAACUUUGUCUGCGAAUCGUCAGUUAAUGUCAUAUAUAACAUUUUAAUUGGUGGCACACAAUUAGAAUACAUGGCCACCCCUCAUUUACAUUUACUGCCAAGGACACACAGUGAAGUUUCGCCUUAUUGCAUCACAGGUGGAGAUGGGUAGUGGACAUCUUUAGAAAGGGAUACAAGAAAGACCUGGAAAUUGAAGACUUAUAUGAAGAACUUGAUGAACAUCGGUCUAGUUAUUUGGGUGAUGAGAUCGAGAGGUUAUGGAAUUCUGAGUUGAAAGAAGCCAGUGCCAGAGGUUUAGACCCCAGUUUGCUCCGAGUUCUGAUCAGAUGCCAUGGUCGGUAUAUUAUGUUCCUUCAGCUUGUUCUGGCUUCUGUAGAGUUCUGUCUUGUGUUGACGCAGCCGCUGUUUCUUGGAGGACUGAUUCGUUACUUUGCUCCAACAGACGCUGUUACUCGUACUGCGGCUUUUGGAUAUGCCGCCUGCAUUGUUGGCUGCACAUUUCUUACCGCAUUUGUCUGUCAUCCUCAUAAUUUGGGUGUUUUUCAUGUUGGAAUGAAGAUUAGAAUUGGACUUUGUUCUUUGAUUUACAGAAAGGCAUUAAAGUUGAGUAAGACUGCUUUGGGUGAAACAACUGUUGGUCAAGCGGUGAACCUUCUGUCAAACGAUGCAAGCCGAUUUGAUGCAAUGUUUUUGUUUGUGGCAUAUGUUUGGAUUGGGCCAAUACAAAUGGUGAUUAUUAUGUACUUGGUGUGGCAGCAGAUUGGAAUUGCUAUGUUUUCUGGAGUGGCAAGUGUUGUGCUUCUAAUUCCACUGCAAGCUUUCAUUGGUAAGAUGAUAUCUACGCUACGUCUGCGCACAGCUAAAAGAACUGAUCAGCGCAUCAGAUUUAUGAAUGAGAUUGUUGUUGGCAUCCAGGUGAUUAAGAUGUAUGCUUGGGAGAAACCAUUUUCACAUCUUGUUUCUGUAGCUCGCAAACGAGAAAUCCAAGCUGUGAGGGCUUCAUCCUAUAUGCAAGGCAUUCUUCUAUGUUUUGGAUGGUUAGUAGGAAGAAGAAUUGCUAUUUUUAUGAGCUUGGUGACCUAUGUUUUUCUCUACGAGAGUGUCACUCCUGAGAAGAUGUUUGUGGUGACUGCGUACUUUAACAUUUUGACAGAGUCCAUGACAAGUUAUAUUUCAUUUGCAAUAACACAUAUUUCUGAAGCAUAUGUUUCUGUUCAGAGGAUUAAGAACUUCCUGCUAUAUGAUGAGAUAGCACAUGCGGCUGGUCUGAAUACAGGUAGUGGGAUGUCUCCAGUACAUGAUUCUGUUGAUGACGAUGAUUGUAGACUUAGUAAUGGCUGUUCGGAAGUGAAGCCAAAUUCAGAGAAAAGCAAGCCAGACGGGGCUGACUAUAUUGAUACACGGACUAGAGGUGAUCAUACAGACACAGAAAAUCCCCUGGAAUUUUCUGGUGGAAUCAAGAUUACAGGUGUGACCGCCAAGUGGACUGAUGAUUUGCCUGAGAACACCCUAACUGAUGUGAGUGUGGAAGUGAGAACUGGAGGACUAAUGGCUAUCAUUGGACCUGUUGGAUCAGGGAAGACAUCGCUAAUCCAUGCCAUCCUGAAGGAACUGCCCCUUACCAGUGGCUCCAUAGUGGUGGGAGGAUCAAUAUCGUAUGCAUCACAGGAACCGUGGCUAUUCAUAGCCUCUGUACAACAGAACAUACUAUUUGGGCAGCCCAUGGAUAGGAACCGGUACAGGCAAGUGGUGAGGGCCUGUGCCCUUGAACAGGACUUCAGACAGCUGCCCCAUGGUGACAGGACAAUUGUGGGAGAGAGGGGUAUCACUCUCAGUGGUGGACAGAAGGCGAGAAUUAGUCUUGCAAGGGCUGUUUACAAAGCUGCAGAUAUCUAUCUACUGGAUGACCCACUAUCUGCAGUGGAUGCCCAUGUAGGUCGCCACUUGUUUGAUGACUGCAUCUGUGACUUCCUGCAGGGAAAGACGCGAAUACUAGUCACACAUCAACUGCAGUACCUUCAUACAGCUGAUAACAUUAUUAUCCUCAAUCAUGGAACAGUAGAAGAUAAGGGCACUUAUAUUAAACUGUGUGAGUCUGGAAUUGACUUUGCCAAAAAACUUGCUGUGGAGUCAGAAGAACAUGAGGAGAAGGAAAAGUCCACCACUGAUAGCUUACAGUCAUGUACAUACAGCCGGGUGCGUCAUGCAUCAGAGACUUCUACUGUGAGCUCAGUGUCUUGGUCAGAGCAAGAGGUUGCGGCUGAGAUGAGGUCACAUGGUGUUGUGAGCUCCAGCGUGUAUCGGACAUAUUGCGCAGCUGGAGGGAGCUGUGGGUUCACUCUCUUGGUGUUUGGUGUUUGCAUACUCUCACAACUUGCUAUCAGCUCAGGAGACUACUGGUUAUCUGUUUGGUCUAAUGUGGAAGAGAAGCGAGCAAGUCUGAUUGAACUUCCUGAGAAUAGUACAGUAAAUGUGACAUUUGCCAUUGAAAUUAACACAUCUCUGCCAUUUAAUUACGGAAAUUCCACCAGCCUAGCAGCCAAAAACUGUACGGAAUGUGCCUGGCUGCCCAGCACAGAGACGUGUGUUCUUAUAUACACUGGCUUUUUAAUCAUCAUAUUCCUGCUUACAUUUAGCAGUAUAUUAUUAUUCUUCACAAUGUGUAUGAGAGCAUCAGUCAAUCUCCAUAAUGAAAUGUUUGCCAGCAUCACACGUGCUACCAUGUGGUUCUUCAACAACAACCCUUCAGGUCAGAUAUUAAAUCGUUUCUCAAAGGAUAUGGGAUCUGUAGAUGAGUUUCUUCCCCAUACAUUGAUUGAUUGUGUGCAGAUAGGAUUGGCACUUCUAGGUGUGGUUUUGAUUGUGGCAGUAGUGAACUUGUGGUUGUUGAUCCCAACAUCAGUGAUGUUCGUUCUCUUCUAUUUGCUGAGGGUGUGCUAUGUCUCCACAUCACGCAGUGUUAAGAGGCUUGAAGGAAUCACUCGGAGUCCUGUCUUCUCCCAUCUCAGUGCAUCACUCCAAGGGUUGACAACUAUACGUGCUUUUAGUGCUGAAGCCAUGCUAAAAAAGGAAUUUGACGCUCAUCAGGACUUGCACUCAUCAGCCUGGUUCAUGUUCAUUGCAUCGAGUCGAGCUUUUGCUCUGUGGCUGGACAGUGUUUGCCUCUUGUAUAUUGGUCUUGUCACCUUCAGUUUCCUGUUUGUUGAUAAAGGACCAUAUGGUGGAGAUGUAGGUCUUGCCAUUACCCAAUGUAUAGGACUGAUAGGAAUGAUCCAGUGGGGGAUGCGGCAGUCAGCUGAACUGGAGAAUAGUAUGACUUCUUUAGAGCGUGUGUUAGAGUACACUGGUGUUGAGAGUGAGCCACCAUUGGACUCACCUCCUGAUAAAAAACCACAUAAAAACUGGCCAUCUGAAGGUAGUGUUGUAUUUGAUAAAGUUGUAAUUGCUUAUUCCAAAGAUGAUCCACCAGUCUUAAAGUGUGUCAGCUUUACUGUGAAAUCAUCAGAAAAGGUUGGCAUUGUGGGUCGUACUGGAGCGGGUAAGUCCACUCUCAUAACAGCUCUGUUCCGUCUGGUGCACCUGUCUGGGGGCUCAAUCCAAAUUGAUGAUGUGGACAUUGCCUCAAUUGGACUCCAUGAUCUGCGAUCCAAGAUCUCCAUCAUCCCGCAGGAGCCCAUCCUGUUCUCAGGAACUCUUCGUAACAAUCUGGACCCAUUUGAGCAGUACUCGGAUGCUGCCUUGUGGGCAGCUUUAGCUGAGGUGGAACUGAAGCAGGUCGUGGAAGAGCUACCUGCUGGGCUGAGCCACAGAGUGUCAGAAGGUGGGACCAACUUCAGUGUGGGACAGCGCCAGCUCCUGUGUCUUGCCCGGGCCAUCAUCAGGAACAAUAAAAUUCUGGUGUUAGAUGAAGCUACAGCCAAUGUGGACCCCCAGACUGAUGAACUUAUUCAAGCAACAGUUCGUCGUAAGUUUGCAGACUGCACGGUGCUCACCAUUGCUCAUCGUCUGCACACAGUUAUGGAUAGUGACCGUAUCCUUGUUGUGGAUACUGGUUCUGUUGUGGAAUUUGAUCAUCCGUAUAUCUUGCUUAAGAAUAAGAAUGGUGCCCUUUCUCAGAUGGUGCAGGAGACUGGACAUACAAUGACAGAGUCUUUGUUCAGAGUGGCUCAAACAUGUUAUGAGGAACAUUUGGAAAACAGCGUUAAAAAAGAUAAUACAAUCUCCACACCCCCAGGUUUUAAAUAGAAGAGGGAAAUUCACCAAGAAGAGAAGUUUCUUAAAUUGUAGAGUAUUAUUGUAAAAUAUUUGUGUUUCUUGGAAUACAGAAACCUCCACACUGUUAAUAUAUCUUUAAUAAAGGCUUUCAAAUAAGCUAGAAAAUUCUGUACCCCAGCAGAAUUUAUUUAGCUUGAACCCUUAAAAAAUAUCUGUCCAGCAAAGUCCAAAAAUUUAGUUCCCAUGAAUUUUGGCAUUUGGAGAUUUCAAUGUACCUCAGGAAUAUACACAAGAGCUUUGUAAAAGUAUGUAAAUAAUUUUUCUUCGCUUUCAGUGCCUGUGUUUAUCUGUUAUAUUUUCUUCAUGUUUUGUCUGGAAUGGUGGAACACACUUUUCUGCAAUAACAGUGGCCACAGGGUAUAAUAUAGUCCCAUAGGCUCUUAGACAGAUAUAUGUUUAAAAAAAUAAAUAAGUAAAUAAAAUAAAUCAGUUUUCGGCAGCUUGAAUUUUCCUGUUGGUUUUAAGUUAUGCUUUCCCAUAGCCAUUUUUUGUACACGUAUUGUUUUAGUGCAGGUUCAAAUGGCAUAGUUAUACAUAUCACGAAUGGUUGCAACAUCAAUGUCAGUAAUCCAGAAAAUGUGUGAAGUAUCACAUAGAUUAGCAUCCACUUGUAGCUUGUGCUUGUAUAUGGCUUGGCAUGUGGUACGUGAAGGAAGAGAGGUUGUAAAAGUUAAAAUUGUGAUUGAAAUGAGGGGUUGCCAACCUUAUCACAAGCUGCACACAAUUUUUUUUUAAUUUAGAAAAUGUGGGGUAUUCAUGAAAUAUGGUAUUUUUACAUAGUGAAUGUUUUCAAUCAAGAAAUUGAUGUAAUACUUUUUUGAAAACUUUAUGUACCACAUAUCUGAUGUAUCCUUUCUGUAAUUGUGUUUACUUAUCUUGCUCUUCACUGUAGAAUUUUGUAUUGUCAUAAACCCAAACAAUUGGUUUUCUUACAAUAA